AUGAUAAAAACUGUUCCGAUAAUGAUGAAUAAGCCAUUUGAGUUAACUGUAUUGAGGAGAUUCACAGAAGCCGCAGUUUGCUAGUUUAUUGGAAAAAAAAUGAAAUCUAUUCUGCACAUCACGCUUGUGGUUUUUAUGAUCGUGGCGCUAGGCGAGAGUUUAAGGAUAAAGCAACCACAACCAGGUUACACCAACCCGUGUGCUUUCACGUUUUGUCCACAAGAUACAACAUGUGUACCAGUGAAUAGAAGGAAAGCUAAAUGUGUCCCAGUCUCUCCAACACUUCCUCCUGAAUGUGCUGCAAUAUCAUGUUUCAUCGGCUUUAAAUGUGUUGUACGUAAUGGAAUAGCAAGCUGUGAACCAGUGAUCUGAUCCAGCAGAUGAAAAUCAAGUAGCUAUAGCAAUCAAUGUGAACUUGACAAGGCCGCAGCGUGUUUAACACUACAAUAUUUUCUGCUCCAUGUUAAUUUAAGAAUCAUAACUAAAGAGUAAACAAAUUAACUGAAUUACAAUAAAUCUUUGAUCCUAGCUAUA